AUGACGCUCACUCCGGGAGCUGCUGCAGGAAAGACAGUGACACCAGGGGCAACAUCGGGAAGAACUCCAUCGCACAACAGCCUGCAGGACAAAGACAAGAAGAGCUUGCUCAAGUCUCGCGUGCAUCACGUGGUGGAGGCGGACAUGUGCUUCCAGGGAGCGGAAACAACAUUUCCUGUGGAGUUUGAGAGACUGUCUGCCUCGGAGAAAGAGUUCUACUCCUCGCCCAUCGCAGACAGCAAGUACAACACUGCACUCCUUCUUAAGAGCAUCGGGCACUACGACAGAGCAAGGAGCCUGUUCGAUCAGUGCCGGCAAAUCUACACGGACAUCUAUGGCUUCGACGUGCUUGAUUGUGAAAGCGACUGA